AUGGGGUGCUGCUUUAGUAAGGAGCUGAACCCCGGCCCCCCCGGCGAGAGGAGCAGUCUGCUACAUGGCGGGGGGCCCCGGGGCCGCCAGCAGGGGGCCGUGGCGCAGCACGUGUGCCUGGAGGAGGAGGAGGAGGACACGCCGGCUCACAAGAAGCCUCCGCAGGACGAGGAGGGGCGCCCGCACCCGGACUAUAAGGUUCCGCCGGGCGGCGCCGGAGACCUGAAGCAGGCCGGCUAUCGCCGUGACAACGAGGGAAUUCUGACCGAGAACCCCCGGGCGGACCCGGCGCCCGGCGGGCCCGGCAGCGAGCCGGCCCCCUACAUGGAGGUGCCCGCGCACAUGUCGGCCGAACGGAAGAUUCUGGAGAACGCGGCGCUGCGGGCCCAGUGGUUCACCAGGCGGCCCCCCCGCUCGCCUCACUGCCGGGGGGCCGGCCCGCGGAGAGAGGAGGAGGAGGAGGAGGAGGUCCGCGCCACGGCGCUGCGUCCCGGCCUGGACACCAGGACCCGGAGCUUCUACAGCAUUUGUUCCAUCGACCCCGACGACCUUGAACACGACCUUGAACACGACCUUGAACACGACCUCGGCCAAUCCCAAACAGCUGGAGCCGCGGAGCCGGGGACAGCUGCUCGGCCCGCGGCAGCCGGCCAAUCGGACGGCGAGGCGCUCUUCGCGGUCCGGGGCCACGAGGCGCCGGCUCCGGCUCCGGCUCAUGGCGCCGUGCUGCCACUCGCCGCCCCUCAGCAGGGAGACUCUCCCUGGGACCCGCUGCCCCCGGCAACCAGCGAGGAGCCUCAGGAGCCUCAGGGGCCUCAGGGGCCUGAAGACUGUCACCAGGAUGAGGCCAAGGAGUACAUGUUGAUGACAUCACACACAGAUCAAAGGCCGUGUGAGGAGGAGGACGAGGCCCCUGUGCAGAGUGUGUGCCCUCUGGUUCGUUUCCAGGAGGCGGAGCUUGGCGGUGCCUUCAGGGCUCUGGGCCGCGGUCUCUGUGAGUCGGACCAGCAGCGGGUCCAUCGGGCCGCGGGCGCUCCUGAACCGGCGCCUCGCGGCCCGAGUCCUUCGCAGCUCGACCUCCAGCCGGCGGACAACCCCUCCCUGCAGAGCGACGCCAUCCCUGUGGGCGUCGCCAGGAAGGAGGAGCCUGACGGAGGUCACGUGGGCACGGCGGAGACCCCCCUCACCGAGGGGUCCUCCGGCCUCUCGGCCAUUGAGCCGACCGCCUUCUGCCGCCACGCGGAUCCACCGCCGCCCUCUGACCUCCAACACGCCUCCGUCACAUCCGACCAAUUAGACGUCGGCUCAAGCAAUCCGGCGUUUGAACCGAGCGGCACCCCGCCCCCUCCUCGCCGCCGCGCCGCGCUUCCACCUGACGCCGUGAGAGCCGCCGUGGUGUCGGACCCGCCGCGCCAGGAGGCCCCCGUGAGACACGCCGCGGAGAACGCCAAACCCGAUGAUGUCACCGAUGUUUCCCCUGAGCAGAACCGCUUCCUGUUGUCGGGGCUCGGAGACAGUCAGAGCUCAGAGUCCGACUGGGCGGAGGUGGAGGCGGAGAUUGAGGUGGAGGUGGAGCUGGAGGUGGAGGUGGCGCCUGAGGUGGAGGCGGAGCCUGAGGUGGAGCCUGAGGUGGAGGUGGAGGUGGAGCUGGAGGCGGAGCUUGAUGUGGAGGUGGAGGCGGAGCUUGAGGUGGAGGUGGAGGCGGAGCCUGAGGUGGAGGUGCCUCAGGCGGCAGCUCCACCAGACGGCCCGGAUGGGAUGAAGGGUCAGGCGUCUCAGGAGGUGACCCCUGACCCCGACGGCUCUCCUCCUGAGACGUCCCACAGUGACGGGUCCUCCGGGGCCCUUGCGGUGCCGGUGGACCCGGGUCAGAUCGACGUCUACGCCUCGACGCCGUCCUACGAGAUCCACUUCCUGUGCCCCGAGGAGGGCGAGAGGGAGGGGGGCAUGAGGGAGAUGGUGUCGGAGCUGCUGGGGGACGACGCCGACGCCUCCGUCCGCCGCCUCUGCCCCCACCCCUGGACCAGGCUGGGCCCGGAGGAGGAGCCCGGUGGGCUCUGGGCCCGGGGGGCGUCCGGCGCCGCGGGCCGGACUCCGGCCCGGGCCUCUGAGCCGCUGCUGGGCGCGUACCCCUACAGCACCGUGUGGGACUGGCACACGGACCGCCCGCCUGCGCCCGCGUCCUCCCCCGGCCUGAACCCCGAUGCCGAGGCGUGGACCAAUCACGGCUUUGACUUGAGCGUGGCGGGCCCCGCCUACCUGCAGGCGCCGUGGCUGCAGUUCCCCGGCGUGCUGACCAAUCAGGAAGGGUACGAGCCGGCGUUCCAGCUGGAGGCCGUGGGAGUGGGCGUGGCCGAGGCCGGCGCCCCGGAGUACCUGCCGCCGUCCGCUGAAGCUCCUCCUCCGGUGAACCGCGAGCCGGUGGACCCGCCUCUCUCCGGAGACGAGGAGCUGCGGCGGGUUCUGGAGUCCUGCCUGACCCGGGAGCACCUCGGCACCGACCUGUACCUCACCUCCCAGAUGGACGGCGACCAGUACGUUUCCAUAGCGACGCUGGCCAGCCUGGACAAGAUCAAGAGCCUCAGCACGGACCUGGACCUCAUCGCACGCAUCCUGAAAGCUCUGCCGCUGGUGCAGGUGGCGCCGUGUGGGCUGAAGGUCCGGCCCAGUCAGAGCCGCUGUGUCCUUAUCCUGAGGGAGAUCCCCAGCACCACCCCUCAGGAGGAGGUGGAGUCUCUCUUUGACGAGGAGAACCUCCCAAAGUUCCUGAGCUGUGAGUUUGUGGGCAGCGACAACUGGUUCGUGACCUUCGAGUCGGAACCCGACGCUCAGCAGGCCUACAAGUACCUGAGAGAGGAGGUCCGGGCGUUCCAGGGGAAGCCGGUCAUGGUGAGGAUCAAGGCCCGGCCCCUGGGGGCCUCCUCCUUCGGCCCCCGGCCCCCCCCGCCGGACCCGUACGCGCCCCGCUACCCCCCCGGCCCCCACCAGCAGCUGUACGACCUCACCCACGAGGUGUGGGCGGCGGCCGGCUAUCCGGACUGCGCCGAGCACCAGACGCUGAUGAACGACAUCAUGAACGGGUUCUCCGACUUCCAGCCCUACAGCCCUCACCGGCCGAGGAGGGGCUCCCGGUGGGCCGGCCCCCGGGACCGCCGGCAGCCCGGCCCGACCGGAUCCCCGUCGGAGCCGCCGGCGGGCGACCGCUCCUCCUCUCUGCCGGCGGCGAGUCGAGGACGCUCACGGGGCAACGCACGCCGUCAGAGCCGAGGGGGAAGGGCGCCCCCUUCUGACCGGGGAAGGAGAGGAACCUUCAGCCAGUGGAGGAGGGACAACGCCCGGUCCUGGGACCGAGCCGCUGGAAAUUCAGCCAAUCAGUCGCCUCCCUGCCAGCCAACUCCUCCCCCCGAGCUCGGCCUCACCAGCUUCCCUCCUCUGCCUUCGGCAAACGUCGCCACGGCACCGGUACCUUCAGAGGACGGCGCCGCCAAGACUGCAGUGAGUCCAUCGGCGCCGGCGGCGCCCCCGGAGCAGACCUCAGACCAGAAUGUGGAGCGGCGUGCGGGGGAGAGCGGCGAGGCCCAACCGGCGCCGCCGACACGGGACCCGGACCCGGAGUCCAAGAGGCCCAGCUACGCUGCGAUCUGCCAGAGGGCGUCGUCCAAUGAGCUGCUGUCGCCCGCUGACCCCGCCCCUUUGGAGGAGGGGCGCGCCCCCACCUUUCCGGGCCAGGCGUCCGAGCCGUCUCUGUUGCCACGGUGAUCACAUCCGCUGGAACAAGAGGACACUUUCUUUAACUUUUUUUUUCUUCACAUAAACUGAACAUGUAUUAAUGUCUUGAAUCAUCUGUGGCUUCACACCAUGAGGGGCCAAACGAAGACCGGGGGCCCAGGGUCCAGGAUCCAGGGCCCAGGUCCAGGGUCCAGGGUCCAGGGUCCAGAAUCCAGGGCCCAGGUCCAGGUCCAGGGUCCAGGGUCCAGGUCCAGGGCCCAGGCCCAGGUCCAGGGUCCAGGGUCCAGGUCCAGGGUCCAGGGUCCAGGGCCCAGGUCCAGGGCCCAGGUCCAGGUCCAGGGUCCAGGUCCAGGGUCCAGGUCCAGGGUCCAGGUCCAGGUCGGAUGUGUGAGGUCUUCAGAGGUUCUGUUGGGCUCUCCUCUCCAUGUAUUCGUGGUUCUUCUGUACAGGAUGUUUAUUUCUUCACUUGUUGUUCCCUACACGUGUUCUAGUGUUCUUCUGUUCUAGUGUUCUUCUGUUCUAGUGUUCUCCUGUUCUAGUGUUCUUCUGUUCUAGUGUUCUCCUGUUCUUCUGUUCUCGUGUUCUCCUGUUCUAGUGUUCUCCUGUUCUGGUGUUCUUCUGUUCUCCUGUUCUUGUGUUCUCCUGUUCUCCUGUUCUCGUGUUCUGGUGUUCUAGUGUUCUAGUGUUCUUCUGUUCUCCUGUUCUAGUGUUCUUGGGUUCUAGUGUUCUUGGGUUCUAGUGUUCUCCUGUUCUGGUGUUCUCCUGUUCUUGUGUUCUUCUGUUCUCCUGUUCUUCUGUUCUAGUGUUCUCCUGUUCUGGUGUUCUCCUGUUCUCCUGUUCUUGUGUUCUCCUGUUCUCGUGUUCUCGUGUUCUCGUGUUCUCCUGUUCUCGUGUUCUCCUGUUCUAGUGUUCUCCUGUUCUGGUGUUCUCCUGUUCUGGUGUUCUCCUGUUCUGGUGUUCUCCUGUUCUUGUAUUCUCCUGUUCUCCUGUUCUUGUAUUCUCCUGUUCUUCUGUUCUAGUGUUCUCCUGUUCUUCUGUUCUCGUGUUCUCGUGUUCUCCUGUUCUGGUGUUCUCGUGUUUCUGUGUUCUCCUGUUCUCGUGUUCUCCUGUUCUCGUGUUCUAGUGUUCUUGUGUUCUCGUGUUCUAGUGUUCUCCUGUUCUGGUGUUCUCCUGUUCUUCUGUUCUGGUGUUUCUGUGUUCUGUGUUCUCGUGUUCUCCUGUUCUGGUGUUCUCCUGUUCUUCUGUUCUGGUGUUCUGGUGUUUGUGUUCUCGUGUUCUUCUGUUCUCCUUUUCUGGUGUUCUCCUGUUCUUCUGUUCUGGUGUUCUGGUGUUUCUGUGUUCUGUGUUCUCGUGUUCUUCUGUUCUUGUGUUGUCCUGUUCUUGUGUUCUCGUGUUCUAGUGUUCUCCUGUUCUUCUGUUCUCCUGUUCUUCUGUUCUGGUGUUUCUGUGUUCUGUGUUCUCGUGGGUCUCCAGGUAAACGUCAGCCUGGUGAGGCCUUCAGGUACCGAGGUUCAGUCCGCCGUUCCCCUCAAAGCUCUGGAUACCUUUACACCUUUAACACUGAACACUUUUCUCUCGGCGUGACUUUUUUUAAACUUUCCUUUUAGAAUUGGUUGGAUCUUUUUAUUUGACAGCAGUGCUCAGUGCGGUGUGUUCAGGACCCUCGGGACGCCUGAGGCUCUUUCUGUUGGCGUGCAGCCUUUUAAACGUAGACGGCAUGCGUGACUCUGUACAGAUGUACAUAUUGGUGAGCGGACAUUAAAGUGCCUUUGAAGUUAGAAGUGCUCUCUGUGAUCAAUCAAUAACUGAUUCAAUGUUUCCCUGUGACGUCGCGGUGCUGCGGUUGCGCCUGCUCACCAGCAGGUGGCAGGCGAGUCACAUGACACACGUUCAGCUUCACAAGGAGGACGCUGUGAUUUGUGGAGGUCUGUGUGACGUCAUCACUGAUGAGACUAAUGCUGCCACUUGAUUAGCGGCUGCUUGACCUUUAAUACUAACCACGUUAUUCUGUCAUAACGAGUCAAAUACAUCAACCAGAGAGGCAGGAUGUGGACAUUUAAUAAAUAAACAUGAUUGUU